UCAAAUUCACACCUUCACUCCCUUUCUCUCUCUCUUAUUUCUCUCUCUUCAAUUCAUCAAUGGCUUUUUCUUUACCCUUUUCACCCCUUAUCUUGGGAAUCUUCAUUUCCAUCUUCAUCUCUCUCUUCUCACCUUCACAUUCAGCCGUAACCUGUGCUUCCCAGAAGCUUCCAUCGAACCGCACCUACGCCAACUGCACAGAUCUUCCAACCCUCGGCGCCACCCUCCACUUCACCUACAACGCCACCAACAGCUCCCUCACCGUCGCCUACGCCGCCUCGCCGCCGAAAUCCGACGGCUGGGUGGCGUGGGGAAUCAACCCCACCGGCGGCGGCAUGGUGGGGACACAGGCACUCAUGGCCUUCAAGCCUAACGGCACCGUCGUCGUUCAACCCUUCAACCUCACCUCGUACAAAAAGAUCGACCCGGUUAAGAAUCUCUCCUUGGAGACAUGGGACAUCGCCGCCGAGGAAGCCGGCGGAGUUAUAACGAUCUUCGCGGGGGUGAAGUUGCCGGAAAAAGCUGACAACUUUAGCCACGUUUGGCAGGUGGGGCCCGUCAACGCCGGAGUACCGUCGGUGCAUGAGUUUAAGACGGAGAAUCUUCAGUCGAGAGCGUCACUUUCGACGGUGGUGUCCACAGCAAUUGAAAAAGGGAACACAAGUAGUAGUGGGGGUGGGAACACUACAGCUACUGAUAAGAGUAGUGCGGUUUUGAUGAUGGGUGAGAGAUUUGGUUUGGGAUUUUAUUUGGGUUUGGUUUUGGUUUUAUUGAGUGUUAUGUGAUCUUUGGUUAUUUCUCUCACUCAGAUCUACCCCAUUGAAUAAUUUUUCUUGUUUAGUGAUUCUGUAGAUUUCUUUGUAUGUGUCAAUUUGCUUCUUUUUUUUUCUUCCUUUGUUGUGAUUUCGGUAUGGAGAGAUUAGAUGAUUUGGUUAUUUUUACUUCUCAUUUGUGCUAUUUUUUUCUUUUUGUGAUUCUGGUAGAUUUCUUUGUA